CUCCGCAGUGGCCCCGCUGAACGAGGCAGGGGAACGGACGGGCUCGGAGCCCGGCUGGAUGUUCCAGGCGUGCAAAAUGGAAGGGUUUCCCCUCGUCGUCCCUCCAACGGAAGACCUGGUGCCCUACGAGGCCGACCUGUACCAACGCCCGGCACACGAGUACUACCCCUAUCUCAGCAGUGAUGGAGAGAGUCACAGUGACCACUACUGGGACUUUCACCCCCACCACGUGCACAGCGAGUUUGAGAGCUUCACGGAGAACCACUUCACGGAGCUGCAGAGCGUGCAGCCCCCGCAGCUGCAGCAGCUGUACCGCCACAUGGAGCUGGAACAGAUGCACGUCCUGGACGCGCCCAUGGCGCUGCCCCACACCACCAGCCUGGGCCACCAGGUCUCCUACCCGACCCGGGUGUGCCUCCCAUACCCUUCCCUGUCCCCGGCCCAGCCCAGCUCAGAUGAUGAGGAGGGUGAGCGGCAGAGUCCCCCGCUGGAGGUGUCCGACGGAGAGGCCGAUGGCCUGGAGCCAGGGCCUGGCCUCCUGCAUGGGGAGACAGGCAGCAAGAAGAAGAUCCGGCUGUACCAGUUCCUGCUGGACCUGCUCCGCAGCGGCGACAUGAAGGACAGCAUCUGGUGGGUGGACAAGGACAAGGGCACCUUCCAGUUCUCGUCCAAGCACAAGGAGGCGCUGGCGCACCGCUGGGGCAUCCAGAAGGGCAACCGCAAGAAGAUGACCUACCAGAAGAUGGCCCGCGCGCUGCGCAACUAUGGCAAGACGGGCGAGGUCAAGAAGGUCAAGAAGAAGCUCACCUACCAGUUCAGCGGGGAGGUGCUGGGCCGCGGCGACCCCUCCCCAGACCCCGCUUCGCCGCCCGCGGGGCUCCAGCCCCCUGCGUCGGUUUCCUUCAGCCUCGGCCAGCUCCGGGCGGGCGGGCGCUGCCCCAGGCCCUCCUCCUCGUGUACAUGGAACCCCGUUCCGUUCCAGCGGCUCCUCUCCCCCCUCCCCUUCCCCGUGCCCUCGGGGAUCUGA